GUAGUUAAGUAAUACUCUUCAAUGUAACAUGGUGAUUCAGCACUUCUGGUGAAGUUGUGACAUUUCUGACUCUAUUUCCAGUCUCAAGCAGUGUGACACAUCUCAUAUUCAGAACACCCUGCUUUUGAUCGCCCUCAUGGACAACUGCCACAUCACCUCCCUCAUUUUUUUUCCCAGUGAGAGAGAAACAGGCACUCCCAAAUCUGCCUGCCUAACCACUGGAGCAGAAGAAGCCAUUGACAAAAGGCACAAGGAGGCAAAGCCCCCAAAGAAAGGCAGGAAAACAUUAGAGAAGCUGGAAGAAAGGUAGAGGAAAGGCUGUGACCUUCCACCAAUUUGGUCAUGGUCACCCUCCUCCUCGCCUUCCGCCUCUCCACUCUCUUCCUCCUCCUCGCCGCCGGCGCCAUCGCCGUCGAUCCCGAUGGCGCCGCCGCGCCCGAUACCGCCGCCGCGCCCGAUACCGAGGCGGCGGCGCUCCUCCGGCUCAAGGCGUCGCUGAUCGACCCGACGAACGCGCUAGAGGCGUGGUCGCCGUCGUCGCCGUCGCCGCCGUGCGAUGAAACACACCGGUGGCCAAGGGUGCAGUGCUACAAUGGCGUCCUCAUCGGCCUCCGCCUCGCCCGCCUCAACCUCUCCGGCGACUUCGACUUCGCGGCGCUGUCGCGGCUACCGGGGUUGCACUCCAUCAACCUCAUCCGCAACAACUUCUCCGGCCCGCUGCCGGCGAGCCUCGCCGCCGUGCGCAGCCUCCGCGCGCUGUACCUGUCCCGGAACGCGUUCUCCGGCCCGGUCCCCGGCGACGUGUUCGCCGCCAUGAGCUGGCUCAAGAAGCUCUACCUCGACAGGAACGACUUCUCCGGCGAGCUCCCGGCCGGCGCCAUCGCCGGCGCGCCGCGCCUCCAGGAGCUCCACCUCGACCACAACCGGAUCGAGGGGCGCGUCCCGUCCAAGCUCCCGGCCACGCUCCGGCUGUUCAACGUGUCGCACAACCGCCUCACCGGCGUGCUCCCGGAGGCCGUCGCCGCGCGGUUCAACGAGUCGGCGUUCGCCGGGAACCCCGGCCUGUGCGGCGCGCCUGGGAGCGGCGCCGGCGCGUGCGCCGCGGCGGCGCCGGGCCCCGCGCACACCGCGAUGCCGCCGAUGUCGGCCGCCGACUACUUCGCCGUCCAGGAGGAGACCAGCGUGUUCGUGGUCAUGGGUAUCAUCAUGCUCGUCGUCCUCCUCGUCGCCGGCGCCAUGGUGCUCAUGCUCCGGCAGGACGAGGGGACCAGCACCGCGUCGUCGGGGUACGAGCACCCCGCCAUCGGCGCGCCCUCCGGCAAUCUGUCCGUUCCUCACGCCGCCGGCGCCGCCGCGUCGGCGCAGCUGGUGACCAUGGAGCAGGGCGGCUCCGGCGCCGCGGGCGGCGCCGGCGGCGUCGGCGGCGUCGGCGGCGCACGGAAACAGGUGGCGGAGUUCGUCCUGAUGAGCAACGCCGCCGGCGAGUUCGGGCUGCCGGAGCUGAUGAAGGCGAGCGCCGAGGUGCUCGGGAACGGCACGCUGGGGUCGGCGUACAAGGCCGCCAUGCGCAACGGCGUGACGGUGGCGGUGAAGCGGAUGCGCGACAUGAACCGCGUCGGCCGCGCCGAGUUCGAGGAGCACAUCCGGAUGCUCGGCGAGCUCCGCCACCCCAACGUCCUCUCCCCCGUCGGCUACCAUUACCGCAAGGAAGAAAAGCUCAUCGUCUCCGAGUUCAUGCCACGUGGCAGCCUCCUCUACGUCCUCCACGGUGACCAGAGCCCGGAGAGGGUGGUGCUGGAUUGGCCGGCGAGGAUGAGGAUCGCCGUCGGCGUGGUGCGCGGCUUGUCGUACCUCCACGAGAAGCUGGGCAUCCCGGCGAUGAGGCUGGUGAGCAUGACUGGCGCCGACUUCGACGCGCCGCCGCCGCCGCCGCCGCACGGCAACCUCAAGUCCGGCAACAUCCUGCUCGACGCCCACCUGGAGCCCCGCAUCGUGGACUACGGCUUCUUCCCGCUCGUCAACACGUCGCAGGCGCCGCACGCCAUGUUCGCGUUCCGGUCGCCCGAGGCCGCCUCCGCCGCCGCCGCCGGCGCCGGCGCCGCUGCCCAGCGCGCCGCCCUGUCGGCGAGGUCCGACGUGUACUGCCUCGGCAUCGUGCUCCUCGAGCUCGUCACGGGGAAGUUCCCGUCGCAGUACCUCCUCACGGCGCGCGGCGGCACCGACGUCGUGCAGUGGGCGGCGUCGGCGGUGGCCGGCGGCACCGAGCAGGAGGUCGUCGACCCCGUCGUCGCCGCCGGCGCCGGCCCUGCCGCCGUGCGGCUGCUGCGGGUCGGGGUGCGGUGCACCAUCCCGGAGCCGGAGAGCCGGCCGAGCAUGGCGGACGUCGCGAGGAUGGUCGAGCAGGUCGCCGGCGGCGGCGGCGGCGGCGCGUCGUGACCGCGCGGACGAACGGACGAACACGGUGCAAUGGUGGAGAGGAGCGAUGAUCCGUGACGCACGGUCGCCGCCGAUGCAUGUGGAGCUCAAACGUGGACGAAUCCCGGCCGUUGAUGCUGAGGAGGGAUGACGUGGACGAAUCCUGGUCGUUGCAUGCGUGUGAAGGGUGGGUGGAAGUGAUGGGGAAUGUGGUUGGGCUGCGUGUAAAUUCAAGGGUCUGAAUUUGUAAAAAUGAAUAUGUGACAGAGAGAGAUAAAAGAAAAUGGAGAAAAAAAACAAAGGAAAGACCUGAGGACAAACAUGUAAUUCCAUAACGUCAUAGGAACUUUUGAGUAAAGGUUUCUUCUAGCCGGAGGAAGGGAAUUUAGCGACCUUUCGUGUGAAAUUUCAAGAGGAGAAAAAAAUAUCUGUCCCUACUGUAUAAAUAUUGGACGUGACUACACAGUUAGUGGUAGCCAGCUACCACUGCA